AGAUGUUGGCUCGGUCAUGUGAUCAGCUGUGUCCAAUCACAGGUAAUCACAUGGGACAUGUGCACUGAUCAUCAGGGCACUGAUGAUCAGUAUGCGCUGAUGAUCAGUGUAGCCCCAGCAGUGCCACCUGUCAGUGUCCAUCAAUGCCAGCUGUCAGUGCUCAUCAGUGCCACCUACCAGUGCCCAUCAGUGCCACAUCAAUGCCACAUAUCAGUGCCUACCAGUGCACAUCAAUGCCACGUAUCAGUGCCCAUCUGAGCUGUCUUUCAGUGUCACCCAUCAGUGCCAGUCAGUGCCACCUAUCAAUGCCAAUCAGUGCUGCCAAUCAGUGCCACCUAUCAGUGCCAGCCAGUACCGCCUAUCAGUGCCUGUCAGUGCCAUGUAUCAGUGCUGCCUUUCAGUGCCACCUACCAGUGCCUCCUCAUCAG